CUUUUUUGUCUGUUUUAUGGAACAUAAAGCAAAACGAUGUUUAUUUUUCUUAUGGAUUGUUUACCUGCCUUUUCUCGCGGGAAAGACCAUCAUGGCUGACUGGAAACGAAAAGCGAAACUGUGAAGAUAAAAUUCCUUCUACUCCAUGAUAGCGUGUGUGACAGCUGACAGAACAAUUAAAGAUGUAUAAUAACCUUCCUGGCUUGUUGAUCAUUUGUAUCAGAACAUCAAAAUGAGUUUCCCUUUCUGAAGGAGACAGCAAUCAGCAUGGAUAGCUUAUCUGACCUCAUUCAUUGCUGUAGAGCACUGGACACAGAUAAAGUCACAGAAAGAAAGAAACAGACAGAGAAACUGAAGUUGCUUUUGGAGAAAAGUGUAGUACAGAAAGCCUUGGAUGAUAACACUGAUGCUAAGCAGAUCAGCAAAGAAAAGAGCCUGUUUGCCUGGGAUAGUGUUUUCAAAUUUGUGGUUGACUUGGUUCUGGUGGAGACAAAUUGCCUGAGAAAAGCCAAGGAGAGCAAUUCUCAAACAGCAAUCAACAAUCGUGAGAAAAAGAAGCAAGACAUCAGUGGCCUGGUCAAAUUUGUGGUGCGAGUGACUGACAAAAGAGGUGAAAGGUUAAAAUGUUUCAGUGUGAUGAAUCACAUCAUACAGGUGCUGAAAGACCCGUUCACAUGUCAGGCCUAUGGCGCAGACUACAGCAGUCUGCUCCUCAAGAAUAUACUGUGUGUGAGGAAAUAUUCCACAGAGCUGACCAGUAAAAUGUGGCAGGAGCUGAUCUCUCUCUACCUUAAGCUGUAUUGUGACCCACCUAAUGGAUUUAAUCGUGUCAUUUUGGCACAGUUAAUCCAUGCGCUUGUCAUUGGGGCAUCUCAACAACUGGACAUGAGACCAAAGAAACUGUUCGCAUUUUUCACUGAAGUAUUUAAAAAUAUUAGGCAGGAGAAGAGCACUGUUGUAAUAGAGCACUUAGUGUUGGCUAUGAAUACAGUUGUCCGGUAUUCCUCUACUAAUGGCAGAAAGCAGGUGUGUCGCCUAGGGGAGGAAGUGUUUAUCAACCUUCUUUUUCUGCUCACACACAGACCCACAGUCAGACUAAAGGAAUGUGCCCAGGAGUUUCUGCACCUGCAGCUGAUGGCACACCACCCUCAUGGGGCCCGCACGGAGGAAAGUGGGGCGUUCGCUCAUGACUGGAAGCUUUGGGCGAGUCACUUGAGGAAGCUGUAUGAUGCUGUGUACUCAGACCUGAGACAGGUGGGAGGUAGAAACAAGUUCUCUACUGGUUUUAAGGAAGCUAUCCUCAAACCUGCUUACUUGGAGUUGAUAGCUGACCUAUGUCACCAGUUGUUCACAGAGCAGCCUGGCUGUAUUGAGGUGACACAGGUCAGCAGUUUGGAUGGAGGACCAGGGGUUAAGAAGAGGAGACUGGAGUCUGGGUGGUCAGCACUGAGGGAUGCUAUAUCCUCCACAGGGCGCACUAUGCAGACAGUACCAUGGUUACAGUUACUGAGUCGUCUUCUGAGGAAACACCCUGAGAGUCUUCCCUGGGAGGAAGUGUCAUCUCUGCUCCAGACCCUUAUCCCUAUACUCACUGAAUGUAAACGGAGUGAAGUAGUGAGCUACAGCUUGAUGUCUGUGGAGGCAUUAGUUCUGGCUGUGGGCGCCCGGGCUGACUGGGCACACUGCAGACAAGACUCUGACCUCACCCCCUGGCACAAGGUCUGGGCAGCAGUCCUUAGAUUGAUAAGUCUCCAUCAUUCAGCAAAGGAAAGCUUCUCAGUUAUGUCUGCUCUUAUACAAAAUCAGCUGAUAACACCAAAGAAGGACAUGUGGAAUUUAUUUUUUUGUAACAUUUGUACUCCGACUCAGGAAAGUUUGGAAUUCUUAAUGAACUAUCUGAGUUCCCAUGACCUUCCUGACAGUUACCAACCCUCUGUGCUGGGUAUUACCCAACCUAAUGACAAUGGGGCCUUCGUCCUGAGAAAGCAGCUUUGUGAUUGGCUCUUGGUCAGCCAUUCAGAUCUAAACGACCAAUCAACCAGAGAAUAUAUCGCUUCCAACCAGCGGCUAAUUGCUGAGAUUUUAUCUGCAUUGGUAUUGAGAGAUUGUCGCAAAGGAUUUCAACAGAGUGUUAAAAAAUUGAAGGGAAAUUCUCAUGCUACCUUUCGUGAAAAUACGGAGCUGCAAGACCUUUAUCUGGCAUACACAUUUAAUGAUAGGCCAGAGUUUGAACCAGCUUUUGGCACAUCUGACUCCUCCUGUGGGCCGACUCUGGCCAGUAUUGGUCAGCUGUAUGAGUACAUAGAGAAGCUGAUCAAGUCAGAUGUCCAAUCUCUGGUGGAGAUCACAGAGCAUCCGAUAAUGACCCUGGAGUGGAUGACCCGCAGGUGCACCAUAGGACUGAAAUUUGUACAGAGUCUUUUACAGCUGAAGGUGCUUACUGAGGAGAAAGUGUUACAAAACCCCAUACUGGAAGCUGUCAAGGUGCUGUUGAAGAACCUGUCCUUACACUUGUCUGAUGUGGUAAAGAAGAGUGGUAUUGGUGCUGUGCACACUGUAUUACAGGCCCUAGAAGAGAUGGCUGGAGUUUGCACAGAUGAUCCCAGCCAAAUUGAGGUCAUGUCACAGCUCCUACACACUGUCACCCCAGCCAGGCUUAUAGAUACAUUACUGGAGGAGGCCAUGAAAUCAUCAUUGAUAAGACAGCACACUGCCAGUAGACAGGAUUCCUCUCGUAGCUCCACCAGUAGAAUGGCUAGUGUUGUGUCGGAUGACUUUGACCUGGGCUUUGACAUAUCUUCCACAAACACUGAAGAACUAGGCAUGGACAGUUCUCCACCGGAUCUAGAGGAGUCUGCUGAUAAGUCUAAAGUUUAUUGUGCCAGUGUGGUGUCUGCGGAUGCUCUCAGUGACCUCCAGCAGGCUCAAGUUCAGGUUAUUCGAGUGUUGGUCAGGUGGUGCCAUAGCAACCCCACCAGUUUUACUAUCAGAGAAAAACUGGAAGACCUUCUUGAUGACCCCAAGUUUGACCCAGCCAGAGCUGUUGACGUACAUAUUGUGAGGGAGAUUGUCCGUGGGUACACGAGCCAGAAUCAGCUGACGGGUGACAACUUACAGAAGAUACUUGAUGCUUUGAGACAUAUGGCUAAAUGUCAUCGGCAUGACCAGGAGGUGUUUGUGGUUGUGUUAGACAUGCUGUCAGUUCUCAUACCUCCACUGUCACAUGAGGACUGUGCACUAGAUAAGGAGGUGAAGGCAGAGUGUGUCACCAUCAUCCUCAGGCUCAUCUCAGCUUACUGGAAAAUACAGGAAAGAGGAGAUGCAAUGCACAAAGUCAGACUUGCCCUUGCUAAAUGUUUGCAAGCUUUUAUUCAAAGUGGCCUGUGUGCCGAGUUCCCGGUGCUGUGUAACACGUCUGGGGGGUCAGGGGAUGAGACAGAGAUGCGUGUGUGGGAGGCUUUCCUCUUCCUUGUUAGUGACAACUCCCUACUGGUCAGGUGGUACACGGCCCAGGCUCUCACGUGUCUUUUCAACCAGAGAAGUAAACAAGAUGUUUUGCCAACUCCACACGAUGUGUUUGCCAAAAUGUAUGAAUUUGUCCAGGACACUUUAUCACUAGAGAGUAAGUUGAACGUGGAUGAGCAGGCAGAUGAGGCUCUGAAUCGUACCUCUAGCUUGCUGAAGGCGCUGGUCAAUGUUGCCUGUUACAGUCCUGUGUGUGAGAAGAAAGCUGUCUUCACCUGUGUUCAGCUCAUUAAAGAGAAGAACUUUAGUGUGGAACUAGUUAGAAAGGGCAUGGAUCAGGCAGCAGGACAGCUGGGGUACAGAGAUGUCAGAGCUUACCUCUCCACUCAUCUGCAGUUCUUAGUGUGUCACUGGCUGGAGCUCAAUUAUGACAUUCUGGAGCUCCCACAUGAACUGAUGAACUACACAACCAGAGCUGAACUCUUCCAGGAGCACUACCAUGUAAUCUUCCCAUGUCUGUUCAUGCAAAAGAAGUUUGGAAAAGUCAAGGAGAUGUGUACUGAGCUGAAUGCUGAUUGGUUGAAGCUGGCAGAGGAUUGUAUACCUGACAGCCUGGUGUAUGUUCUGCCAAUGUUUGCCCUGUGUAGCAGUGGGGAGGUUGAAAAGGACGAGGCACUGAAGGUGCAAUACAGUCAGGCCUCUGCCUGUUAUGACCUCCUCCUGAGAGAGGUCACUGAUCAGGUGGUUGACAAGUGCAUUGUCUCAAAUCUGGACCAGAUUGUGGUAAAGAUCCUCAUGACCUUGUAUGACCCAGAUGAAUCCAACAUGGACCCUCAAAGUGAAGCAGACCCGAAACCAAACCCACCGUACUACAGCACUGCUGUCAUCAUAUCCACCCUGGACUACCUAACUCAGAACUUCUCAGGCAGAAACAGGACUUUGGUCUCAGUCCUCUCAAAAAUGCAGGAUGCCAUUCAGAACAUUCUACUGUGCUUGGCUGUCAAUGUAGAAAAGGCCAGCAGGUGCUUUGAGAAGCGGCGUGUGUUGCUGAUGUACAGGGUAUUCAUCAGACUGCUCAUUAGAGAGUUCCACCAAAAGCUGGGAGGAAGCUGGGCCUUUGUACUGAGGGAGGUGAUCUACAGAAUGACCCAGAUAUUCACUAACACCAGCUUUAGACCCCCCAAAUGGUUACAAGCCUCAGCAUGGGAGUCUCAGUACAAAGCCUCCAUACAGAGCCUGUGCCUGGACAUACUACAGACCAUGUGCCAGUCAGCCAUGGAGCACUGCCCUCAGGAGCUGGGCAAGUACCUGUCCUGGAUUGUGAGUCAUCUGGUGGGCCAUGUCCAUGAUGCCUAUAAUGUAGGGACAAAGGUUGUGAAGAUAUUAGAGUACCUGUGUGUGGAGAAUGCUGGCACCCUCACUGAGCAGAUUGCUAGCCUGGAUCAGUUCCCAGAUGACCCUGCGGUAAAGAACCUGCAGAAAGUCCACAGGAAGCUCAAGUAUGCCAAAGGUCCCUAUACCCUAAAACAGGAGAUCACUCACUUCCUGAGUGCAGACAUCCAUCACAGAGGUGCAACAGAAAGUAGGCUGGGGGGCUUGGAGUUCUUGUAUAACUUCCUGACAGCGCAUGCCUCGGAUCUCUCCCAAAUGGUCUCACAGCCUGAAGACAGUCCAGAUAAGAGUCUGUUGAGUCGAUUGAUCUGGGAACUAGUCUACCUUUGUACCUCCCCAAACAAAAGAGUUCAGACUGCUGCCAGUCAGUGUCUUGGGGAGAUUGGGCCUGUGAACCUGGGGUUGGUUUCGAAGCCGGUGUCCCCUAACAGUGCUGCCUUAGAGCAAGCUCUCCUGGAGUAUGAACAGUCUCCAGAUCUACAGAAAUACUGUGUGGUGUUCCAUCUUCUGAAUGAGUGCCUGACUAAUGUGAAUGUUGAGGUGGUGCAGUCAGCCUCGUGUGUGCUCAAAUCUCUGCUGGCCACCACCACAGGCCAGAGGUUCUGUGCUGACUACAAAAAUAAGCUCACUGACAAGGACUUCCUAUUUCACUAUCUCCAUCCAUUCCAAACCAGCAAGAAAUCUAUUUCUCGGGCCAAGCCCCCUGCCAUCCCUCGGAGAACAACCCCAUUGAGGUUAGACGAUGAGACGCUGUGGUGCCCGAGUGACACUGAUCACAAACAGUGGAUUAUAACUCUAGUUGUCUCCCUUCUUCACUCUAGAGAAGUUAAAGAUGAACUUUUGUCUCUCCUUGAGCCAGUUUGUCAAGUAAAGGCCAAGUUUUGUGAAGCUGUGUUACCAUACCUGAUCCAUGACAUUCUGGUCAGAGGGUCAGAAGAAGAGAGUGCUAACCUAUCCUCACAAAUCAAUAACUUCUUCUCUCUGCAUUGUGAACACACAUCAACGGAAAAUAGCCAAACUUCAUCAGCCUCUGCAUCUCACAAAGAUAAGAAGUUGAUCUGUAUGAACAAGGAGUCCGUGAAGGUGUUGUUGUCAGUGGUACAAUAUCUUCGUCAUCAAGACCGAAUUGUCAGCAGCCACAUAAAGCAUACUCCAUUUGCCAAUAACAUGUGGCUGGAUGUUGACUAUCUGAAAGUGGCUAAGGCAGCCCAAAACUGUUCAGCCUUCUUCACCACUAUCCUGUACACAGAAAUCUGGUGGGAAAUCCAAAGAGCUAAGACUAGCACAGCUGAAGGGAAGAAGCCUGGGAGGAAGGGCUCUGUGUCUGGUAGGAGUACCCCCAACUCUCAGUCUGGCUCCCAGGACUGGAGUCAGGAGAGCGGAUCUCUGCUCACAGCAUCUGGCUUAGGGCUCAGUCCUGCAGAUAUCUUACUCGAGACUUACCUGUCUGUAGGGGACCCAGAUGGCCUGUAUGGGUACGGGGAAGGCAGACGUGCUGACAACACCUGCAGAAUCAAGACAUAUGAGCAUGAGAACCAGUGGGAUAAAGCUGCUGUGGCGUAUGCAGUGGGGAUGAACCAACCAGGCAGUGGCACACAAACUGGCUUUUUGCAGUCCCUGAAGAACUGUGGCUCCUACAGUGUGGUAGAGCAAUACCUUGGCUGGUUACCAGAUGACAACAUCGUCUGCAGCCCUCAGCUAGAGGAUCUCCGCUAUGAAGCAGCUUGGAGGCUAGGCACCUGGAAUCUGGAUACACCUAACAGUUUGGAAGAAUGUCAGACAGGCUAUAACAAGGCUCUGUAUUGUGCUCUAAAAGCCUUCCAGGAGGGUCAGGCAGACAGUGUGAUUGGAGGAGCAUGUCAGGUGGCUAGAUGUGUGUCAUUAAAGAAGCUGAAUGAAGCAAGUUGGGAGAGUAGCAGAUCUGUGUAUCCUGUCCUGGCUAACCUACGCAGCUUGAACCAGGUAGCUCACUUCCUUGAUGCCAAGAGAGAAUCUGGUAUAGAGCAGCUGAUGGAUAAAUGGUCAGUGAGCAGUGGUGAUAUGAAUGAGUUUGAGUUCUUGGAGCCAUCCUUCUCUGUACAGAACUGUUUACUGAGGCUGUUGUUGGAGAGGUGUCCCAGAGAGGGGAAGCUGAAAUCUGUAUACAUCAAACAACUGGAGCAGCUGGCAUCCCGCACUCGAAUGGCAGGCAGAUAUGAGCUGGCUGGUGACAUACUGCGUCAAAUCCAGGGGUUGCCUGGCAACGAUAGUCUAUCAUGGCAGAUAGAGGAGGCCAAUCUGUAUUGGGACAGGGGGGAGCAAACAACAGGCAAGCACCUGCUCAAAUCAUUCAUAGACAAACUAACUAAGCUAAUCAGAAACAAGGACCCAGGGGCAAGUCGUCUGUACCCACAUAUGUUGAUGAUGUAUGGGAACUGGCUGGCUGACACUCGAUCUGACAGUCCAAACGUUAUUAUGGAGAAAUACUUGGUCAAGGCUGUUGACUGGUUGGAAUCUCAUGGUGACGAAGCUGGAUUUGCGCUGAACGCUUAUCUGUCUGUAGCACGUUAUGCUGACUCUCAGUAUCAAAACAUUGUCAACUAUAUGAAGUCCAGCACCUUUGAGGCUAAACAGAAUCUCAUGAAAGAAGCCAAACAGGAACUGGAAAAAUAUAGCAGUUUGGCUGACAAGAGAGACCGUUACUUGAGGACUUUACAGAAGCAGAGUCAGAUUGAUGAUACAGAGUUACUAGUCCUCGGGGAAGAGCGCAAGUCCUUCCUGCUCACAGCCCUCCAGAGUUACAUCAAAUGUCUCAAGAGCGGGGACAGCCACGACCUCCGUAUCUUCAGAGUGAUCUCGCUUUGGUUCGAUAAUGCAACAGUUCCAGAGGUCAAUGAGUUAAUAAGGGAUGCAGUAGAUGGUGUCAAGUCUCUGAAGUUCUUGCCCUUGAUGUAUCAGUUAGCAGCCAGGAUGAGCACAACACCCUCACACCAUCAGCUGUUCAAACCCACACUGGACAGGUUGAUAGAGAGGACUGCCAUUCACCACCCCUACCACACCCUUUUUAUCAUAUUGGCCCUGGCCCACGCUAACAAGGACAGUGAGCUGCUGAACCAGGGCAAGGAGGGCAAGAGAGGCAGGCUUAAGAGAUCUACAUCUGAACUGGAUACCCUUGAUGAGGACAGGGUGUUGGCAGCUAAGGCUAUGGUGGAGAAACUGAAGUCUUCCCCUGUCCGUGAGAUAUUGACAGACAUAGAGAAGCUGUGUGUGGCCUACAUAGAGCUGGCUAACUGGAAUGUGGAGAAGUACAAACGAGAGACAAAACCUAUACAAUUACCCCAGGCAUUACAGAUCACACAGCUGAAGCAGCUGACCCUAGGAAUCAGCCCUACUGCCAUGAUACGUGUGGAUCCAGCUUGUGAAUACAAGGACAUCUCUCACAUAAUUGGCUUCCAACCCACCUUUAAGCUGGCAGGGGGAGUAAACUUACCAAAGAUUAUAACCUGUAUAUGUAGUGAUGGAACUUGGAGCAAACAGUUGGUGAAGGGUAAAGAUGACUUGCGUCAGGAUGCUGUCAUGCAGCAGGUGUUUGAGAUGGUCAACUCUCUCCUGCAGAAGGACACAGAAACCAGGCAGCGGAAUCUCAAAAUCAGGACAUACAAGGUAGUGCCCUUGUCACAGAGGAGCGGCCUCCUAGAGUGGUGUGAGGGUACACAGCCACUAGGAGAGUAUCUGAUAGGUAACCAAGACUCCUCCGUCAAGGGGGCUCAUGCUCGAUACAGACCAUAUGACCUGGCCGCUAUUGACUGUCGCAGAAAGAUGGCUGCUGUUCAUGGAGACCCUAGUCUAGAGAAGAAGCACAAGGCCUACCUGGAAGUCUGUGCUCAAUUCCAGCCUGUCUUCAGAUUCUUUUUCCUGGAGAAGUACCUGGAACCUGCUCAGUGGUAUGAGAGACGGCUGGCUUACACCAAGAGUGUGGCUACAAACUCCAUAGUGGGUUAUAUUCUUGGCCUGGGUGAUCGCCAUGUUCAGAACAUCUUGGUGGACUGUAACAGUGCUGAGCUUAUACACAUUGACUUAGGUGUAGCAUUUGAACAAGGUCACAUCUUGCCCACACCAGAGACGGUGCCAUUUCGUCUGACACGUGACAUAGUGGACGGUAUGGGUAGUCCAGGGGUAGAGGGAGUCUUCAGAAGGUGUUGUGAAAAGACGAUGGAAGUGAUGCACCAGAACCAGGAGUCUUUGUUAACCAUCCUACAAGUGUUACUAUACGACCCGCUCUACACCUGGACAAUGUCUCCCCUCAAGGCCUAUAACCUACAGCAGGACCGCCAGCAGGCAGACACCUCUGAUCUCAACGCAACAGGGGACCUCAUUGAUGAUGAUAACAACGAUGAUGAGAGUGAUGAAAAAGUCAACAAGCUAGCAGAGCGAACUCUUCUGCGGUUACAACAGAAACUUCAGGGCAUUGAAGAUGGAGUCCAGCUAAGUGUCCAUGGACAAGUGAACCAUCUGAUACAGGAGGCCAGGGACACAACAAACUUGUGUAAGCUCUUCCCUGGAUGGCAGCCAUACAUAUGAUAGAGGCCAGGUACAUAUGAACCAUCUGAUACAGGAGACCAGGGACACAACAAACCUGUGUAAGCUCUUCCCUGGAUGGCAGCCAUACAUAUGAUAGAGGCCUGGUACAUAUGAACCAUCUGAUACAGGAGACCAGGGACACAACAAACCUGUGUAAGCUCUUCCCUGGAUGGCAGCCAUACAUAUGAUAGAGGCCUGGUACAUAUGAACCAUCUGAUACAGGAGGCCAGGGACAUGAUACAGGGGACCAGGCACCUGUAAUCCUUCUGAUCCAGGAGACCAGGGACAUACGUACCAUAUAAUACAGGAGGCUAGGGACACAACAAACCUGUGUAAGCUCUUCCCUGGAUGGCAGCCGUACAUAUGAACCAUCUGAUACAGGAGACCAGGGACACAACAAACCUGUGUAAGCUCUUCCCUGGAUGGCAGCCAUACGUAUGAUAGAGGCCAGUUACAUAUGAACCAUCUGAUACAGGAGACCAGCGACACAACAAACCUGUGAAAGCUCUUCCCUGGAUGGCAGCCAUACAUAUGAUAGAGGCCAGGUACAUAUGAACCAUCUGAUACAGGAGACCAGGGACACAACAAACCUGUGUAAGCUCUUCCCUGGAUGGCAGCCAUACAUAUGAUAGAGGCCAGGUACAUAUGAACCAUCUGAUACAAGAGACCAUUGACAUGAUACAGGGGACCAGGGACCUGUAAUCCUUGUGAUCCAGAAGACCAGGGACAUAUGUACCAUAUGAUACAGGAGGCUAGGGACAUAUGAACCAUCUUACACAGGAGACUAGGGACAUAUGCACAAUCUAAUACAGGAGACCCUGGCCAUAUGAACCAGCUGAUUCAGGAGAUCAGGGACAUAUGAACCAUAUGCUACAGGAUACCCUGGCCAUAUGAACCAUCUGAUUCAGGAGAUCAGGGACAUAUGAACUAUAUGAUACAGGAUACCCUGGCCAUAUAAACCAUCUGAUACAGGAGACCCGGGCCAUAUGAACCAUAUGCUACAGGGGACCUGGGUCAUAUGAACCAUGUUAUUCAGGAGACCAGAUACAUAUGAACCAUAUGAUACAGGAGACCAGGUACAUGUGAACCAUAUGAUACAGGAGAUCAGGUGUAUAUGAACUGUAUGAUACAGGAAACCAGGGACAUACGACCCAUCUGAUAAAGGCACCCAAAAACAGCACAAAUCUAUGAAAGAAACUUCUUGGGAUGGCAACCUGACAUGUCAGAGGUGACUUUGGAGUAAAGAUGGAGUACACCUGUGGUACAAUUCAGUAUCAGCAGCAGCAUUUGUUCAGGAUGGUGCUAACAUAUGUGUGUCUAUUAUUUUCAGUAUUGGCUACAGAAGUCUCUCCGAAUGAGAACAGUGAAGCACACUGAAGACAAAAGACUUUUUUACAUACUUUUGGAAUCACAAAUUACCUUUACCAAAUACAGAGCAACAGACUGGAUGGUUUAUCAAUGCCCUUCAGUAUACAUGUAAAAUUGAGCCUCAGACAUUGUCUAAUGAAAACUUCAUAUCAUGCAUUUUGAUUCUUUUUCCACUCAUGUAUACACUGCUUCCAUUAUCAACCAUUGUUAUUUGUGGUUUCUGAAGGCAAGUCAUAUUUUGUUGGAAUAAAUUGUUACCAGAAGUUGGCGUAUCAGUCAUAUAUAUUACGAGAUUACUGGUAGACCUGUUUGAAGUGAACAUAAGUCUGCCAUUAUAUAUAUACUAUAUUUACACAGAGAAAAUGGUAUAGGACACAGUUAUCACAGAAAAAUACCUAAAAAAUUGUAUAAACGUUUGAAAGUCGAGAAUAUGAAGUUCAGCAUUGAGGAUAUGGCACUGACGAACAAUUCAUUCCAAAUAGCCAUGUUGUAGAAGCCCUUACGAACUUGGCCAGUCACUAGUGCUGAAAGUGUCACAUGAUAAUUGUCUGUCACGUCAAAACACCUAUUAGCUCUCAACUGUCGGUGUAGUUUCUUAUAGUGGAUAGACAGAUAUCGGUGCAAUAAAUUGGAUUUUGAGCUUAUUUAAAGUGUUAAACAGAUGCAUUUUGAACCUCACAUUUAUGAGCAGGGAUCUGAAAACGGCUGCCCGUGUCAGAAUGCGUACAUGUUGAGCAGGAUACUGCAGUAACUUUUCAGGGUGAGCUGGCAACAAAACCGCCAUGUGAGAGUCAUUUUUUGUUUGGUAAAUUCCAUGAAGUUGGCACAACCAUCUAGGCCAAAUGCUAACACCCAUGUACAAGAACCCUGUUUAUUUUGUUGAUAAACGUUUUAGAACAUUUCUGGAAUACUACUUUAUUAAUUAAUUCAGCUGUAGUGGCUGACUAUAUGUUCACUUUAAAUUAAGGUGGUUUAUGGUAUGUGUAUUAAUUACAGUACUUCAUGUAGAAAUAUGAAAUUUGAGCCAAAGAUUACAUGCCAACCUGCUAAUAAAUUGCAGUGGAGAAAUAUUGAGUUGUCAUCUUGUCGUUUAAUACUAUAUGUUUGUGAUAAAGUAUGUCCUUAUUACUGCCAGCUCAUGAAGACUACUUCCAAAUGAUGUUGCUACAUUUUUGAAUAUCAGUGCUUUUUGUAGUUGUUUUGUUUGUGAGCUUUUGAUUGUUAGUUUUUGUGCUUUGAAAUGUUUUUUUAUGAUGUUGUCGUCUGAGCAGGUUGUUGCCCUCUUGUUAAAUUCUAUAUGUUGUUCACAUGCCAAUAUGUUUUCAAUGUGUUGCUUUUCUGACAUGAAAUGUUCAUUUGGCAAUAUCGUCAAAGUAUUGUUACAUUUGUUACAAUGGUGAUCUUUUCAAAUUGACAGGAGUAAAUGGUCUGCCAGCAACCUGUGGAUGGCCAUGAGGUUCCCCUGGCACUGCCUGGUUUCCACACACCAUA